AGCUCCGCUCAUCCGAUAGUGGCAAACUCUCGACACCACGUGUUUGCCUUGAGACUUACGGAAAGCGCACUUUCGCAUUUGCUGGUCCAACAAUUUGGAACGCCCUUCCUGUCGAUCUUAGAAACAACCAGACACUGGAGUCCUUUAAAACAGAUCUAAAGACACAUCUAUUUCGCAAAUACCUUCUGGGAUGAUUGUCUACCUUAUUUUCCAUGUGUUGCUGUGUUGCUCCGGGUUGAAAUGGCUAGAAAGACUUUGAUAUUGUAUGCUUGUAAUUAGUUUUUGUAGUGUUGUGUUUGUUUUAAAUGUGGUGAAUUAUAGAUAUGUUUUU